UAUCACACAGAGCCUCCUUAUUGCAUCAGGCAUCGUCCACUCGGCAGAGAGACAGAAAGGACAGCUAGACUACAUGUCAUGGACUGGUGGACUACCCUGGCUGCGAGUAUAGCCUUCCUCUGGCUGCUGUGUUAUAUCGACGGUAAGAGAACCUGGUUAGCAGAGGUAUGGGAGCUUUCUUCGUCAAGGGAACGGUGCGGUAUUGGCACGCGCACGGCUCUUCCUCCUAAUUGCGGCAACGCCGUCCUGGAGCUGCGGCUCCUCCUCCACGCCCUCACCAAAGCAGCGUGCCACCUGUACCUGGCCGUGCUCCCACUGCGGCGCGCCGCACUGCACCUUGCCCGCUUCGUCUGUCACCUGGUAAACCAUGGCCCCGCCUCCGCUGGCCGGGCGUCUCCUCUUCUCCUCGAGGGGGUGUGUGUGAUAUGUGAAGCGGGACCGGACCUGCUGGGAGCCGGGCUCAGUCUGUGUGCAGUAGUCUGUCACAUCCUACAGGGGGUACUGUUCCUGCUGGCCGCCACAGUGAGGUCGGUCCAGGUGAGUGUUCUGGCCCAGAUGGACGGGGAGAAGGAGAGGUGGGAGAAGGAGCAGCAUCAAGCUCGGCAGGACGAGAGGAGACAGAACUCCGGGGUGGUGGAAUACCUGUCUGUGUUCUGUCAAGACCCCAUCAGUUCACUACGACUCAGAGUGGACAUGAUCAAUAGAUAACAUCACUGUCUGUCUGUCUGUCUGUCUGUCUGUCUGUCAGCGUUGGGCUCAAUUCAGACUUGAGUUAAGAAUACUUCAAAUUCCAAUUAAAUUCUUGAAUUUGAAUUGAAGUAAUAAACAGGAUACAGAAUUGAAAUUUGAAUUUGAAUGAAAGGAAAUAGAAUUGAAUUCAGGGAAAUUCAAAUGCCUCUUGUAUUGUAUAUUAGGUGUAGUCUAUAACUAUAUAUAUAUUUAUAUAUCACGUAAAACAUGUCAUUAUAUACAUGCCUAAUUAAAUAAAGGUUCAAUUAAAUAAAUAAGUAUACAUGCAUAUAAAAUAUUGAUCUAGGACAACAAAUCCUGUAUGCAAAUAUUCUGUUUUCAUUAAUCACUUAUUAAUCACAUAUAUAUAUAAUUCUGUAUACACAAAACAUUAGUUUCACCCCUUUUUUCCCUCAGAACAGCCUCAAUUUGUCGGGGCAGGGACUCUACAAGAUAUCAAAUGUGCUCAUCAGGGAUGCUGGCCCAUGUUGUAACAGGGAUGCUGGCCCAUGUUGUCACAGGGAUGCUGGUCCAUGUUGUCACAGGGAUGCUGGUCCAUGUUGUCACAGGGAUGCUGGUCCAUGUUGUCACAGGGAUGCUGGUCCAUGUUGUCACAGGGAUGCUGGCCCAUGUUGUCACAGGGAUGCUGGCCCAUGUUGUCACAGGGAUGCUGGCCCAUGCUGUCACAGGGAUGCUGGCCCAUGUUGACUCCAAUGCUUCCCACAGUUGUGUCAAGUUGGCUGGAUGUCCUUUGGGUGGUGGACCAUUCUUGACUCACACAGGAAACUGUUGAGGGUGAAAAACCCAGCAGCGUUGCAGUUCUUGACACAAACCGGUGCACUUGACACCUACUACCAUACCCCGUUCAAAGGCACUUAAAUCUUUUGUCUUACCUAUUCACCCUCUGAAUGACACACACACACAACCCAUGUCUCUAUUGCCCUUCUUUAACCCGUCUCCUCCCCUUCAUCUACAUGUCUCCUCCCCUUCAUCUACAUGUGUCCUCCCCUUCAUCUACAUGUCUCCUCCCCUUCAUCUACAUGUCUCCUCCCCUUCAUCUACAUGUCUCCUCCCCUUCAUCUACACUGAUUGAAGUGGAUUUAACAAGUGACAUCAAUAAGGGAUCAUAUCUUUCACCUGGAUUCACCUGGUCAGUCUGUUAUGGAAAGAGCAGGUGUUCCUAAUGUUUUGUGAACUCUGUGUAUAUUGUAAAUGCUAAGUGACAGAAUAUUUGUCCCAUAAGUUUUAAAGUAGGUGUUUACAUUUGGUAUUGUUUCAGUAGUUCAGAAGGCGAUCAAUAGAAGGUGAUCAAUAGUUCUGUGGCCAGGGUGAUCAAUAGUUCUGUGGCCAGGGUGAUCAAUAGUUCUGUGGCCAGGGUGAUCAAUAGUUCUGUGGCCAGGGUGAUCAGUAGUUCUGAGGUCAGGGUGAUCAGUAGUUCUGAGGUCAGGGUGAUCAGUAGUUCUGAGGUCAGGGUGAUCAGUAGUUCUGAGGUCAGGGUGAUCAGUAGUUCUGAGGUCAGGGUGAUCAGUAGUUCUGAGGUCAGGGUGAUCAGUAGUUCUGAGGUCAGGGUGAUCAGUAGUUCGGAGGUCAGGGUGAUCAAUGGUUCGGAGGCCAGGGUGAUCGGUGGUGCGGAGGCCAGGGUGAUCGGUGGUUCGGAGGUCAGGGUGAUCGGUAGUUCGGCGGUCAGUGUGAUCAGUUGUUCGGAGGUCAUGAGACACACACACAGUAUUUGAUAUUCUCCAACAAUCAAAGGUGCAAAGAUUUUUGGCAUAUAAUGUAAACUCAAUCACGAAUUGUGGCUUUAGAAUACAAAACACAAUAUAUUACUGAACACAAAUAUAAACGCAACAUGUAAAGUGUUGGUCCCAUGUUUUACGAGCUGAAAUAAAAUAACCCAGAAUUUUUUCAAACUCACAAAAAGCUUAUUCCUCUCAGGUUUUGUGCACAAAUUUGUUUACAUCCCUGUUAGUGAACAUGUAUUCUUUGCCAAGCUAAUCCACCUGACAGGUGUGGCAUAUCAAGAAGAUGAUUAAACAGCAUGAUCUUUACACAGGUGCACCUUGUGCUGGGGACAAUAAAAGGCCACUCUGAAAUGUGCAGUUUUGUCACACAACACAAUACCACAGAUGUCUCUCUUUUUUAGGGAGUGUGCAAUUGGCAUGCUGACCACAGGAAUGUCCACCAGAGCUGUUGCAAGGUAAUUUAAUAUUAAUUUCUCUACCAUAAGCUGCCGGCAAAUUUCUUUUAGAGAAUUUAGCAGUACAUCCAACCGGCCUCACAACCGCAGACCACGUGUAACCACGCCAGCCCCACAGACCACGUGUAACCACGCCAGCCCCACAGACCAGGUGUAACCACGCCAGCCCAAGACCUCCUCAACCGCAGACCACGUGUAACCACGCCAGCCCAAGACCUCCUCAACCGCAGACCAGGUGUAACCACGCCAGCCCCACAGACCAGGUGUAACCACGCCAGCCCCACAGACCAGGUGUAACCACGCCAGCCCCACAGACCAGGUGUAACCACGCCAGCCCCACAGACCUCGUGUAACCACGCCAGCCCCACAGACCAGGUGUAACCACGCCAGCCCCACAGACCAGGUGUAACCACGCCAGCCCCACAGACCAGGUGUAACCACGCCAGCCCCACAGACCACGUGUCACCACGCCAGCCCCACAGACCACGUGUAACCACGCCAGCCCCACAGACCACGUGUAACCACGCCAGCCCCACAGACCAGGUGUAACCACGCCAGCCCCACAGACCAGGUGUAACCACGCCAGCCCCACAGACCAGGUGUAACCACGCCAGCCCCACAGACCACGUGUAACCACGCCAGCCCCACAGACCAGGUGUAACCACGCCAGCCCCACAGACCAGGUGUAACCACGCCAGCCCCACAGACCAGGUGUAACCACGCCAGCCCCACAGACCAUGUGUAACCACGCCAGCCCCACAGACCAGGUGUAACCACGCCAGCCCCACAGACCAGGUGUAACCACGCCAGCCCCACAGACCAGGUGUAACCACGCCAGCCCCACAGACCAGGUGUAAC